AUGGGCGUCGAUUAUUACAAGGUGCUAGGCCUUGAAAAAGGAGCUAGUGAAGAGGAUAUUAAAAAGGCCUACAGAAAAAUGGCCCUGAAAUAUCAUCCUGACAAGAAUAAAUCACCAAAUGCUGGUGAGAAGUUCAAACAGGUUGCCGAAGCCUACGAGGUAUUGAGUGAUCCAAAGAAAAGGGAAAUUUAUGAUGUGUAUGGUGAAGAAGGCCUUAAAGGCGGUAUUGGUGGUCCAAGUGGUCGAUCUGAAGGCGCCACUUUCACCUUUACCAGUGAUCCUCGUGAGACCUUCCGAGCAUUCUUUGGCACGGACGAUCCUUUCAGCACCUUCAUGAGUUUUGGCACUGGUAAUAGAGGCGCAGAAUUCAUGGAUGUUGACAGUGAUUUCCUUAACCGAGGUGCAUUCAGUGGUAUAUUUAUGAACACGGGAGGCGGUGGUGCGUCGCGCACUCGACGAACCCAGGAUCCGCCCAUUCACCACGACCUGAGUGUGUCCCUAGAGGAUGUGCUCUAUGGCACUACUAAGAAGAUGCGCAUCACACGGCGACGUAUGGACGGCGGUACGGAGGAGAAAGUACUCACCAUCGACGUGCGCAAGGGCUGGAAGGCGGGCACUCGCAUCACCUUCCCUCGAGAGGGUGAUGAGCGUCCCAACACUAUCCCCGCCGAUAUCAUUUUCACUGUUAAGGAUCGCUCGCACAAGUACUUCAAGCGCGAUGGCGCCGACGUCCGCUACACCGCUAAGAUCGGUCUGCGCGACGCUCUUUGUGGCUGUCAGAUUCAAGUGCCCACCAUUGAUGGAAGGAAGGUACCGUUGACGGUGGAGGACUGUGUCAUCAAACCCGGUACUACCCGUCGGGUGAUCGGCCAGGGUUUGCCCUAUCCCAAGGAGCCCAACCGUCGCGGUGACAUAAUUGUGGAAUUCGAUAUUGUCUACCCGGAUCGUAUUUCGCCCUCGGACAGAGAGGCGUUGAUGCGAAUUUUACCGCCAUACAUGCAGCCAAACCUGUGA